AUGCUUGACUCGUCCUACAACGCCAAGCUAGGAGACUUCGGUCUCGCACGCCUCGGCGACCAUGGCACCGGCCCACAGACGACGGACCUCGUCAAGGGCACCAUGGGGUACAUCGAUCCAGAGUUCGUCAACACGCACCGCCGGAGCACGGAGUCAGACAUCUAUAGCUUUGGCGUCGUCCUGCUUGAGAUCGUCUCCGGCCGACCACCCGUGGACCGCCGGGAUCCGUCUUUCUCGCUACUCAAGUGGGUAGAGACCUUGUACUGCCAAGCCGUUGGCUGCAUCCUGGACGCGGCUGACGCACGGCUGCGGGGAGACGAAGCCCACGACCGGCAGAUGGAGCGCGCUCUGCUCGUUGGGCUCUGGUGCACGCACCGUGACCCCGAGCAGCGCCCAUCCAUCGCAGAGGGCAUGCAUGCCCUGCAGUCCGAGGAGUGGAAGCUGCCGGCGCUCUCCUUACACAUGUACAGCAAGCUGACGACGUCGCCAUCUGCUGGCAUCGUUGCCUCGACGGGCGUCGACUCUGGUAUCUCCGGCAGCUCCUUCUCCAGCGGAGUCCGCUCGGCAGAGACUGCUGUAACGACGGCAGGCUCGUCCGAGUUAUCGUUUGCCAGUGUACCACCCCAUUCUACGUGGUAG